AUGAAGACUUUCUCUCAAGGAAUGUUAAGCACUCCAAAGUUGCACAAAGUCAAUUACGAGGAAAUGGAAAUAGAAAAUGAAGGGAAUGAUCUUAAUAAAAUCAUAUAUGGAUUGUGCAAAAAGAAGGACAAGGAAAUCUCCAUUGAUUUCAAGUACAAGACAUUCAAAGAUGAUAAUUCUGCAGAAAUUUGCUAUAACCAACAUCCAACUUCCUUCUAUCAAAAUUUAACACACUUGAUCCUUUUGAAUUGUGAAAAUAUAAAAUAUGCAUUUCCACCUUCCAUUGUCGGAAGUCUCCACCAACUCCAACAACUAAAGAUAAGGUAUUGUAUGGCCUUAGAAGAGAUUGUUACAAAAGAAGAAGGAGCAAAUGUUGUGGUCAAUUUUGUCUUUCCGAAUGUAACCUUAUUGACGCUUGAGAAUCUGCCAAAUCUUACAACUUUCUGUCCUGAAAUACAUACUUUAGAAUGGCCAAAGUUGAAGGAAUUGGUGGUGAGAAAUUGUGCCAAAUGUUUGAGCUUCAAAAGCAUCACUGAGGAGAGUGAAAUUGAUAGUUUAGAUCCAAAAGCUAUCUUCUUGGACGAUAAGAUCAACUCCCAUUUGGAGGUAUUUGAAUUUCGGAAUGGUUUAGCCGAAAUUACUUGGCAAAAUCAAUCUAAAACUCUUGAAAUCUCAUAUGAUAAGUCAGCAUAUAUUCCACUUGGACCCCUUCAGAGAUUUCACCAUCUGAAAAAGCUUCAACUAAAUGGCUGUAAUUACAAAGAAAUUAAGAUGCUAGCGGAUCUUCCAAGUCUUGAAGUUCUAGAUGUAUCUUGGUGUAAAAUGUUGUUGAGUCCACUGCUAUCUACACCUUCUUUCCAGAAUCUUAAAGUUCUUACAGUAGAAGGUUGCCAUGGAAAACGAGGGCGAUGCAGCGUCGAGUAG